AUGGAUAAAGAAAAGGUAGAAGAAAUUCGUAAUCAAAUACAAGAUGGACUUAAUCCAAUUUUAAUAGAAUAUUCAAUUUGGCUAGAAAUGAAUAAAUUUCAUAUGGAGUCAAAACAUUUAAAAGAACGAAUUCCACAAAGUAAUUUUUCAACAAUGUUAAAAGCUGAACUUAUUAAUAAAUGUAAAGAAAACCCUUCUACUAGAACUAAAAUUAGUUCACUUACCGUUUCUUUUAAAGAGGCAAUAAAAGAAGUCAAACAACAUCCUAUUGAAAAGAAAGAACCAAAACCAACAAAAACUAAUAGAGGAAAGAAAAUUAGAAGAAAAAUUUCAGAAGAAGAUGAAUAUGAAGAAAAAAGAACUAAGAAAAGAAAACACACCAAAGCUAGAUUACUUUGUGGAGAACGAAAUAACACUGUUGUAUUUGACUUUGAUACAAAAACUCAAUUCCCUGUUGUUUUCGGAAGAGGAAAAGAAGGAACACAUGAUGGUAGUUUCAUUUAUCUAAAUAAAUAUACAGAUGCAAAGUCUAUUUCUCAUAGACAUGCAACUAUUACGUAUGAUAAAGAAAAUGACCAAUAUUUAUUUACAAAUGAAGGAAGAAAUGGAAGUGCUGUUGACACUGGGUUGAUAUUACAAAAUACAGUUCCGUUAAAGAACAACUCAGUAAUAGAAAUGGGUGGGUUUAAGAUGACAUUUGUCUAUUAUAAUUAA